UAUUGAUGGAAAUAAUAAUAAAAAAAAAACAAACAAACAAAAAAAAAUGACAAAGCUUUUGUUCCACGAAUACUAAUAUUUUAUCAUUUAUCAUUAUUUGGUUUUCUUUUUGUCGUUCAAUGACCAUAUUUAUUCUAUAGCUAUCAAUUAGUGAUUAGGCAUUUAUAAAUGAAAUAAUAAUGAUAUCGAUUAUUUAGUGUUUGUUUGGUGUUUGUUUGUUGUGUAUGUUUAUGUAUACGAGGGAUAAAAUCAACGAGAAAAUCAUUAUUAUUAUUAUAUAAUUAAAUUGAAAGAGGAAUGGAAUACAUACGAACGCCAAAGGUUGAAAACGUUCGAUUUUUAUAUCGAUAUCCAACGGUAUCAAAUUCAUCAUCCACCGGAACACUUUAUCUUACUGCAACACAUUUGAUUUUUGUUGAUCCAGGCCUAAAACGUGAAACAUGGAUUCUACAUUCAUUGAUUGCUUCAGUGGAAAAACUUCCAAUUACAACAAUCGGUUCACAAUUGUUGAUGAGAUGUAAACAUUUUUUAUGUAUAACAUUUGUGAUACCAAAAGAAAAAGAAGCUCAUGAUAUUUAUCAAUCUUUGAUUCAAUUAUCUCAACCAAGUCGUAUCGAACAAUUAUAUUGUUUUCAUUACACUGCUUCCAAUGAAUUUUUUACCAUUGAAAAUGGUUGGAAUAAAAUUUCCAUUGAACAAGAAUUUCAACGAAUGGGUUGUCCAAACAAUAAUUGGAAACUUUCUACAUUGAAUAAAAAUUAUGAAUUAUGUAAAACAUAUCCUCGUUGUUUAUUUUUACCAAAUUCGGCUGAUGAUUAUAUUAUUCGUGGUAGUGCUAAAUUUCGUUCUAAAUCACGAUUACCAGUUUUGUCCUAUCUUUACACCAAUAAGGCUUCAAUUUGUCGCUGUGCACAACCAUUGUCCGGUUUUAAUGCUCGUUGUAUUGAAGAUGAAAAACUAUUGGAUCAUAUUCGUAGAACUAAUCCAAAAUCACCUCUUCUAUAUGUGGUGGAUACACGACCAAGAAUCAAUGCAAUGGUCAACAAAGCACAAGGAAAAGGAUAUGAAAAUGAAGUUUAUUAUGAAAAUAUUAAAUUUCAUUUUUUUGGCAUUGAAAACAUACAUGUUAUGAGAGGAAGUUUACAGAAAUUGAUUGACGCCUGUGAACUUCGAACACCAUCGAUGAAUUCAUUUUUAACAGGUGUUGAAGGUAGUGGAUGGUUACGUCAUGUUAAAUCCAUUUUGGAAACAUCAGUGUUUAUUGCAAAUGCUGUACAUAAUGGUAUCAGUAUUGUUAUUCAUUGUUCAGAUGGAUGGGAUCGUACUGCACAGACUUGUUCAAUAGCAUCAAUAAUUUUAGAUCCAUUUUAUCGUACUAUUGAUGGUUUUCAAACAUUGAUCGAAAAAGAUUGGCUUGCUUUUGGUCAUAAAUUUAAUGAUCGUUGUGGUCAUAUUAAUGGUGAUAAUCGUGAAAUGGCACCAGUAUUUACACAAUUUCUUGAUGUUAUAUGGCAAAUUAUGCAACAAAAUCCAUGUGCUUUUGAAUUUAAUGAACGAUUUUUAAUUAGUAUAAAUGAUUUUGUUUACAAUGUUCAAUUUGGUACAUUUUUAUGUAAUUGUGAACGUGAACGUAAUGAACUUCGAUUAUCAAAAAGAACAUUUUCCGUUUGGGCUUAUCUUGAUGCACAUCGUAUGGAAUAUAUUAACCCAUUGUAUCAACAGAUGGAUUCAAUGUUGACAGUUUCGGUUGCACCACAAUUUAUUAAAUUUUGGAGAGGAUUAUAUAAUCGAUUUGAAACUGGUGUUCAUCCUAGAGAUUUUCUUGAAGAUAUUUUAAGAGCUAAAUAUCAUCAUAUUGAUCAAUUAAGAAAACAUAUUACAUUUUUGGAAAAAUAUUUAGAACAACAUCAAAAACCAAAAGAAAAUGGCCAAACAAAAUUUCGUCCAUUAGGAUCAAUAGAUUUGGAUGAAAUUGAUCGACCAUUAAAAGUCGUAGAACAAUGUAUGCAAAGAUUAGAAAUGCAACAUGAACAAAAUCUUAAAGAUCAAUUAUCAAAUAAAAAUUGUAACGAAUUGGAAAUGGAAAAAUGUUCCGUUGUUGAUGAUGAUGAUGAAACAAAUGAAAAUAAUCGUAUAUUUAGUAAUCAGAGUCCUAUUCCAAGACCAAAUUCAUUAAAAUUGGAAAAUAAUAAUAAUAAUCAAGAUGUUUUGAUCAAUGAUGAACAUGAACCAAAAGAUUGUUUAUCAUUACCAAUGGAUCAAGUUAUACAAGAUUGUUCAAUCAUAUCAUUAAAUUGGCAAUCAUUUCAGAAUCUUAAAAAUUGUACCUGUUCAACACCAUUAGAGCCUUAUUCAACAAGGUUACAUUGUUUUGCUUGUGGUCAUAUUUUCUGUAUCCGUUGUAUUGACAAACGUUGUAACAUUCCAUGUCAUGAGCCUAUUUCAUUAUCCAAACCAGUAUGCCGUAAUUGUUUUAUUCGUUUAACCAAAUCUAAUUCUAUUGAUGCGUGAUUUUAUUUAUAAAAUUUUUUUUCUUUAAAAAAUUAUUUAAUUGCAUGUUUUUUUAAAAAAA